AUGAGUAAUAGAAAUUACAAUACAUCUAAAUCUAUUACUUCUAAAGAUAGUGGAAGUAGGAGCAACGAUGCAACAGAGACAUCCGCGUUAAAUAUAAAUACUACCACUACGACUUUAAAAGAUAAGAAACGAUCGUUGAAUAUGUCAGCAACGACAACUACUACCUCUGGUCAAGAUGAUAAUAAUAAUAAUAACAAUGAAUCCCAACAACCACAAUUAUACAAAGGGAUAAAUAAGAACUAUAAACUCAAAUCGAUUCCAACAACAACAUCAUCAACAACCUCUACUACGACAGAAAUGAAUCUUAGUAAACCUUUAAAAAAAGUUAAAAAGAAUACAAUCUUGAUUGAAUCACCAACCAAGACUAAUACUUCAACAGCUUCAUCAUCAUCUAAACUAAACAAGAAUUAUAAUCCUAAUAGUAAUAACUUGACUAAAUUAUUCGAACAACAAACUUCAUCUUUUUCAUCUUUAUCUUCAAGUAAAACAACAACAACAACAACUAUAGAACCUGAACCAAUUUCAAAGAUAGUAUUAUAUUUACCACAUAUAAUACAAAAAUAUAUAAUAGAAUUUUUGGUACAACAAUGUUAUAUAUCAUUUAGACAAGUAUCAAAGUAUUGGCAUAGAGUUUCAGAUUCGUUGAUUGAGAAUCUUGUUAUCUACUUUACUGGUAUUACAAGUACAUCGUCGGUGGUGGCAACACUCGAAUCCUUUUCACACACUAUUACGACCAAUCUAACGUCACUUAGGUCACUGUCAUUUGUCAAUGCAUCGAAAUACCUCGAAUUCCCAAGAUACUAUUACAACACGUUGGUACAUCCAUUCAUCGUUCGAGUCAUCAAACACAACACUAUAUUUGCCAAUCUUACCAUCAAAGGUUUCCCAUUGCUCUGUCAAGAGGUUGGAGGAAACAUUUAUGGAGGAUCCAACACACCGUACUAUGACUCUUUUUCAAGUCCGAGUCAACCAAGCAAUGCAGAAAAGAUUGAAAAGUACAAGCAACGCUCCAAGGUCUUUUUCGAUUGCCUCUUUUCGCCGUCGAGUGUAGUCACUUCGAUCAAGUUUAAAAACGUAUCAUUUGAUACACACUCACUCUACCUCUUUUUCAAUUCACUUCAACCACAUCGUAAUCUAGAGUCACUCUCUAUCGUCGAUAAUAUCGGUGUUGAAGGUCCACAACUACUCUCACAAAUCAUUCAAAAGGGUGGUCUAUUGAAUCUCAGAAAUCUAACCAUCUCAAACAACACUCAAUCCGAAGAAUUGACUCUAAAUAUUAGAGAUUUAAUCUUACAUAUGGUAAAAUCAAAUAAUCAACAACCGAUUCAAUCCAUUACAACCAAUGGUACAACAGUACCCUCCUCCUCACCACCCGUCAAUAUUAUCAAUAUAUUAUCAAUAUUUAAAUUAGAGUAUUUGGAUUUAUCAUCAAAUGCAUUGGAUGAUAAUGCAUUGAUGAGAAUGAUUGGUGCGAUUGCUAAACUAGAGACAUUGCAAACAUUGGUACUAUCAAAUAACAGGUUGUCACUUGAUGAGAAUAUUACAUGGUCGCCUAUCAACUUUGGACCGUAUAUCGUGACGUUGAACCUAUCGAAAAAUAGAAUAUCAGGUACUACUAGAAUGACAGAGUAUCUGGCCACUACACAUCAUCUAAAAAACUUGGAUUUGAGUAGUAAUAUAUUGGGACAUGGUGGAUCAAAAAGAUUGUGUCGAUCGAUUCUUGCCAAUAUAUCAAUUACAGAGUUGGAUGUAUCGUGUAAUCGAAUAGAGUCUAUUGGUGCCGCCAGUAUUAUCGAUGCAGUCUGUGCCAACAAUAUUCAACGACUCAUACUACAUUCCAACAAUAUCGAUAAUACUUGUUGUAAAUUUAUUGGUCAUCUUUUCACUCAAAAACCAGUUCCCAUCACUUUUCUCAAUCUUUCAAACAACAAAAUUGGUUUAGUUGCAUUUAAAGAUAUUAUUAAAUAUAUUUCAAAAUAUAACAAAAUUCAUUUAAAAUUGGAUUCCCAAAUAUAUUUUAAUAAUUAUCAAGAAAUUGAAAAACUAAAAGAAGAGGAGGUAGAGGAGGAAGUGGAAAAGGAAAAUAAGACAAGUCAAAUAGCAAUGAUGGAACAACAAGAAGAAGAAAUAAUGUUGGAAGAAUAUGUUCAAGAUUUGGAAUAUUCUUUAAUUAAUCAAACAACAUCAAUAGAAUUAACAGAAUCAAUAGAACACGAACCAACAAUAUUAGAACAACAAGUAGAAGAACCAAAGAAAAAGAAAAAAAAAGAAAAGAAAAAAAAGAAAAAAGAAAAAGAAGAAGAAAAUAAUAAUUACAAUGAAGAGGAUGAUACGCAAAAUAAUAUUAAUAAUGAAGAUAAUAAUGAAUCCUUGGAGUCACCAGAAACAAUAACAACGACAACAACCACAACUACUUCCACAACAAUAGAAAAAAAGAAAAGGAAAAAAUUAGAUAAAAGUGAUGAAUCUAUUAAAACAAAGAAAAAGAAAUCAACAACAGUCCCAAAAAAGAAAAAGAAAUUAUUGAUUGAACAAUUUCAUCAAAAGGAACAAUUAACGCCCAUAUGUCAUAUAGAUCUAUCACAUAACAAAAUUCAAUUAAAUGGAGCAGAAAAACAUGUUCAACCAUAUCAAGGUCCAACAAUUAAUGAAACCUAUAAAUUAAUAGAUAUAAAUGUUUAA